AUGUUCCGUAAAGGAAAAGCUCUGCGCAGUCCUGCCAUGGGCGGCUAUUGCAGCCUAGUGGAUGCUUCUACAUAUCCCAGUUCCAGUGACCCUUCAUCUUUGAGUCUGAAGUUGUUGAAGGCCUUUCGAAGACUGGCAAGCAUGAUGCAGCGCUGA